AUGCCCCCUUAUGGCCCCGGCAUGAUCCCUCCUUACAUUCCCCCGCCGCACAUGGCCCCUUACGCCCACCCCUGGGUUGCGCCGCCUCCGAUUCCCGGCGUCGUCUAUCCUCCUGGGCCCUGGGGUCCCAUCCACGGGGAGGAGGAGGGCGAGACGGAGGGGUGGUUCGUGGGAGGGUGGGGCCUGGACGAGUCUGCAGAGGCGGAGAGCGAGGUCGACGUGGAGCCUCUUGAAGGCUCCCCCACUGCGGGGGAUGCCAGUGGCGCAACCAGCGAGAGCGCGGCCGCGCUAAACCCCCCUCAGGCGCAUCUCGGGAAGCGGCCUCGCGCGGAGGACGUGUUCGGAAGCAGCAGCGGCGGUCCCGCAGCGGAAGGCGCGGACGCGGAGGGAGGGAUGGCGGUGAAGCUGGGCAGUCGCAAGGAGCUGCAGCAGCAGUCGCCGAGCCUGCGUCUGAACUAUGAGGACGUGAUCAGCGCGUGGUCCGACCAGGCGCCCGAAGGCCAGUCGCCGUGGAUUGAGCAGGAAGAGGAGGAGGGCGCCAGUGCAGAGAAGCGCGACGGCCUUAAUCGCCCACUGCUUGCCCACCUCCCUGGUCUCGCCACAGCCUCUCCUUCGUUGCCUGGGUCUGCUCAAGACACCACCAUGCCCAGUCCGGGCCUAUUGGGGAGGAGAGCACGCCGCGAGACGCAGAGGAUGGGGUUAGCAGCAGUGCUGGGAGCAGCAGCAACAUCAGCGGUCGCAACAACAGCAGCAGCGGCAGCAGCAGUGGCAGCAGCAGCAGCAGCAGCAGCAGCAGCAGUGGCAGCAGCGGCGGCAGCAGCGGCGGCGAGCUUGAGCGAUCGUGGAAUGGAGGAGUGGGAGGACCUUCACGGGCCGGUCGGGUUUGAGUUCCGCGUGGAUGCCAGCCGCAGCAGCGGUGCCAGCAGCAGCAGCAGCGGCGGCGGCAGCGGCGGCAACGGGUUGGGUGGAGCGUUGUUGGCGGGUGAUGGUGGGCUGCAGGGAGAGGAGGUGCUGGAGCUGAUGCGCAUGGGGGAAGGCGGAGGGAUGGAUGAUGUGUGGACCGAUGAUGAGGCUCGGUCGUGGCCUGAUGCAGGGCGGGCCGACUGGAGCGAUGCAGAGAAAUGGAGUGAUGCGGAGGACUGGAGCGCAGCAGAAGAGUGGAGGGUUAGAGACGCUUGGGGAGAUGACGAGAAGUGGGGCGAUGACAAGGGGUUGAAUGGGAGAGAGGAAUGGGGGGACACGGAGAACUGGAGAGCAGGGGCGGACCGUGAGCGUGAGAGGGCAGUUGAAGCAAAAUCGCAGGGUCAGAUUCGCAGCCAUGAGCCGGACCUCUCAGGGCUUGCGUUUGCGGAGCAGCAGCAGGCGGGGCUUCCCUAUGCUGUGGGGCUGGCGUCGGUUCAGCAACCACUGGACCUUCUGUGGGCGGACGAGCUCAGCGGGGGGCAGUGGGACGGUGGAGGGGAGAUGAUGGGGGAGAGCACGGGAUUGAUGGGCCUAGAGAGUGUGCUUCAGUUUCAGAUGGAUCAUAACCUGCCGCACAACAAGAUGCCGUCACGCAUGCUCCUACAGAAGCACGGUCAGUAUCUCUGGUAG